AUGAAGGUUUUGGGCUUUGAACCAGAUGAAUUUAGCUUUGUUGCUUCUCUGGCAGCUUGUGGUGAAUUGGCUUGGUGCAAUAUUGGAAGAGGAGUUCAUUUGAAUUUGGUAAAGAUUGGUAUGACACCAAAUGCAUUUGUAGAAAGUGCGCUCAUUGGCAUGUAUUCCAAAUUCACAACCACAACCGAUGGUAAGAGGGCCUUUGACGCAAUUGAAGACAAAUACCUUGUCAUAUGGAACUCACUGAUUUCUGGGUUUGUUCAAAAUGGUUAUGUAGAUGAAGUUCUAAAGCUCCUCUCUAUAAUGAGGGAAGAAAACCUCGAACCAAAUGAUUUCACAUUUGCAAGUAUUCUGGCAACAUGUGCAAAUACCAUUAUUGUAGAACAUGGAAGGCAGGUGCAUUCUCUAAUCCUGAAAUCAGACCAAAAAAUGAAUGCAGCUGUAGCCAAUGCAUUAAUAACAAUGUAUAGUAGAGCUGGAAGAGAGAAGGAAGAAGAAAAGGUCUUCUCCAAACUUACGACCAAGAAUGUAAUAUCAUGGACAGCAAUGAUAGGAGCUUAUGUUCAGUGUGGCAACUGUCAAGAGGCAUUUCGACUCUUUGAAUAG